AUGGACACACACAACUCCCGUGCUUCAGCCGUCGGUGUGCUGCUCUUGCUGGCGCGACUCUCCGCGUCCAUGGUGCUUGAACGACAAGAUGUCAACCUCACAACGCUCCCAAACGCCGCAGCGAUCGUGGACAACCUUCAGUACACGGCGAACUGUACAGCCGCGGCGCUAUGGGUCAACAAUCUCCCUCUCGAUGCCGCCGGCCUGGUCCAAGGCGCUGGGAAUGGCAGCAGUAGCAUCAACAUAGCCUUCCUGCGUUCAUCCUUGCCAUCAGAAUAUCAAAACUCGAGCGACACCGCACUCACUGAUUUCUACAAUGAUAUGUCCUCGGGUCCACUGUUCAACCUUGAAUGGCUCGGAACAGCACUUGACGAUGUUGAGGCUGUAUGUCUAGCACCAACUCUCGAGAAAAGCCUGACUCUCGACCGGCUCAACGCAACUCAGAAUUGCACCGCAACGGCUCAAUUUCUCAGCGGCACCCUAGGGUGGACAAACGAAACGAAGCCCUACGACCCGAGUAUUUAUGCCAACGACAGUUCCUGGCUUGAUUUCAUCUACUAUGCUCUGCCUCCCGAUGUCCAAAACAACAUCACGGAUGUGGAGUUGGAUGUUUUCUACGACCAUAUUUCAACCACGGCAACUUCGGGAACCAACACCGCCCUCGUCAAUUUCUUGACUGGAGCCUGGAAUAGCUGUAAAGGUCGCAUUUGCGAAGUCCAAGGUUACACUGGGAAUCCUGAUAUCGGCGGCAUUGGCGUCCUCGCAUCUUACACCGCUGAAGCCGCCCUCGUAACACUUUACUUCAUUGCAGUUAAUGCUGAGAUAUACAUGUACGGCAUCCACCGCCUCCCACAAAAGAACCCCUCCCGCUUCCUUAAAGCCUUCCGCAAAGCCUCCGACGACCUCCUCGACGGUGCCCUCUUCUUUUCCCUCUCCAUCUCAUCAGCAGGCUGGGUCUCCCUCCACUCCGGCCGCUCUUACUACGAGAAGCUAGUCUUUACCUCCGCAAACGUGCUUGCCCUGUCCGCCCUCUUCGCCUUCAUGGCCAUGUUCCCGGGUCAAUAUCUCAAAAAGCGGGGCCACGUGUUGUUCCUGCUCAUUGGAGGUAUCCUCGUCGAAAGCAGCAUACAGUAUAUCGCCUACAUGGCUGAACAUAGCGAGUUAAAGUACUCUGACUACUAUUGUCUGCACGACAACGUCCACUUCAAAGGGCGGUACCACCCUGCUAUCUUCCAAAGCCUGUUCUUCUUCCUGGUUGGUCUCUGUCUAGUCGGUAGCAUGGCGGCGCUCUGGUAUUACCUUUACCAUAAAGACGAAGUCAGGCAUUGGGGAAAGACUCAGGACCCCCUGAGUGGCCUUCAUAUUUGGACUUUCAGGGCCAGGGUUCUGGUAGAGGUUGUGGCGAUCGUCGUGGUGUGGACGGAGUGCAUUUAUUUGUGGAAGAUCAGGCAUAUGAUGGCGGAGGUGGCGGGUAGUAGUUGGAGCGAGGGGGCUUGGGGGUUUGGGCAGAUUUUGGCGUUGUUUAUUUGGGCACCACCUCUUUUGAGUAUUAUUACUACUUUGCUGUUACCGACUUGGAUGACAGGUAAGGUGGAGACUGAGGAAGGAGAGAUUGAGGAGAAGAAAGAUGUGCCUCUCCAGUAUAUCCCUGUACCGAAUAAGAUUGUGCCUGUAACAACGAUUCCUGUGGAUAAUGACCAGAACGGUAAAUGA